AUGGCGGGCAAUCUGGCUAUGGAGACCCCUCUACUGCGUCUUCGUGAUGGGGAUAACGUGCCCAUGCUUGCUUUCGGUACCGGCACGGCAUGGUUCAAGGAGCCAGAGGACCAUGACAAGUUUGAUAAAGAUCUGGUCCAAAUGGCCAAGGACGCUCUGGAAGCUGGGUUCCGCCACCUUGACUGUGCCGAGAUGUACGACAAUGAAGCCGAGGUCGGCAAGGCCAUUAAGGAGAGUGGUGUCCCUCGUCAAGAGCUCUUCGUCACAACCAAAAAUCUUCACACCCCUGAAGAUUACCAGAAUGUCUGGCGUGGAAUGGAGGAGGUCAAGGCUUCGGGCAAAGCCAAAUCAAUUGGCGUCAGCUACUUUCGCGAGAACGAUGGCGUCCCCUAUAUUCCUUGGAUGCAGGAGCAAGGCAUCCAGGUAGAGGCGUUCAAGGUUCUUACUCCACUAGCCCGUUGCCCAGAAGGGCCACUUGUAGGGCCUCUGGAGCGCAUGGCCAAGGCCCAUAAUGUGUCCGACUCUGCUGUCAUGCUUCGGUGGUUCCUGCAGCAGAACAUCGUUGGCAUAACGACCACGCGCAAGCAGCAGCGCCUGCAGGAAUACGCAGAGGCCCUGACUUUCGAGCUCACGAAGGACGAGAUGGAUGAGAUUUUCACGGAGGGCAAGAAGCUGUUCAAGCGAUUCUACUUCCCAGAACGAUACGAUCCUGAUGAUCGAUCUUAA